AUGUCUAAGUUCGCUGUUCUAAUCGCUGCUAUUGCUGCUACUCUAGUCAACGCUCAAAAUGCUGUUGAAGUUGCCGAAAUCCAAGUUUUGGUCAACGACAUCAACUCUAACUUGGCUCAAUACUUGUCUCUAGAAACCAACCCAGACUCCGGUUUCCAAAUUCCAGACAACUUGUUGUCUUUGUACAGAAACGUCGCCACUUACACUGACGACUCUUUCUCUACUUUGUUGAGCGGUGUCAACUUCGAUGAAAUUACCUCCACCAUUGUCGGUUUGCCAUGGUACUCCUCCAGAUUGUUGCCAGCUCUAGAAUCUGCCUCCAGUGCCGCUGCUGGUUCUGGUGACGCUGCCGCUGCCCCAGCUUCCGCUAACGCUUCCUCCGUCUCCGCUGCUGUCACUUCUUUGUCCAGCGCUAUCAACUCCACUUCUUCCGCUUCUGCUUCCGCCACCGGUGCCGUCGUUACCAGCGCUAACCUAACCUCUGUUUCUGCUAACUCUACCCGUUCCGGCAGCAGAUCUGCUACCAGAUCCGCUUCUGCUACUGGUGGUGUUGCUGGUGGUAACCGUACCAACGGUUCUACCAACGGUACCAAGACCUCUUCUACUAAGUCUAAGAACGGUGUCGCUAAGGUUGAAGCUGGUCUAGCUGGUGCUUUGCUAGCCGGUGCUGCCGCUAUGUUGCUAUGA